CUCACAAAAACGUUCGCUGCUUGUCUGAGCGGCGGGGCCCAGGUCGUGCUGCUUUGUGGGAUCAACAGACUAGGUCAUGUCUCCGGGCGGAGGGUCUCCGAAGACCAAGAGGGGCAUCCUAGAACGACUAGAUGCCGGGGAAGUUGUAAUUGGUGAUGGAGGAUUUGUCAUCGCCCUUGAAAAGAGGGGCUAUGUGAAAGCUGGCCCUUGGACUCCAGAAGCGGCAGUAGAACACCCAGAAGCAGUUUCUCAGCUGCAUCGAGAAUUUCUCAGGGCUGGAUCCACUGUUUUACAAACCUUCACCUUUUAUGCCAGUGAAGACAAAUUGGAGAACAGGGGAAACUAUGUAGCUGCUAAAUUUUCUGGCCAGAAAGUAAAUGAAGCUGCCUGUGACAUUGCAAAAAAAGUGGCUGAAGAAGGAGAUGCUCUGGUGGCCGGGGGUGUCAGUCAGACACCUUCAUACUUAAGUGGCAAGAAUGAAGCUGAAGUUAAAACGAUCUUUCGGAAGCAGCUAGAAGUUUUUCAGAAAAAGAAUGUGGACUUCUUAAUUGCAGAGUAUUUUGAACAUUCUGAAGAAGCUGUAUGGGCUGUUGAAACCUUAAAGGAAUCUGGGAAGCCGGUUGCGGCUACUAUGUGCAUUGGCCCAGAGGGAGACAUGCAUGGUGUUCUUCCCGGAGAAUGUGCUGUUCGGCUUGUAAAAGCUGGUGCUUCUAUUGUUGGUGUCAACUGUCAUUUUGAUCCAGAAACCUGCCUCAAAACAGUGAAGCUCAUGAAAGAAGGCUUGCAAGCGGCUAAGCUAAAAGCGUAUCUGAUGUCACAGCCACUUGCAUUUCAUACACCUGACUGUGGGAAGCAAGGUUUCAUUGAUCUACCAGAAUUUCCUUUUGCUUUGGAGCCAAGGAUUCUUACCAGAUGGGAUGUACACAAAUAUGCAAGAGAAGCCUACAAUUUAGGGAUCCGAUAUAUUGGCGGCUGCUGUGGCUUUGAACCAUAUCACAUCAGAGCAAUUGCUGAGGAGUUGGCUUCAGAAAGAGGGUUUUUGCCGCAAGCUUCUGAAAAACAUGGCAGCUGGGGGAACGGUUUGAGCAUGCAUACCAAACCCUGGAUCAGAGCAAGGGCGAGGAAAGAAUACUGGGAAAAUCUGUUGCCUGCUUCAGGUCGACCCUAUUGCCCCUCACUUUCAAAGCCAGAUGGCUGGGGCGUGACCAAAGGAGAUGCUGAGCUGAUGCAGCAGAAAGAAGCCACAAGUCAAGAUCAGUUAAAAGAGCUCUUCACGAAACAGAAGUUCAAAUCCAACAUCAUGCCCUGAAUGUUUAUCAAUUUCACAUGGGCCUUCUGGUCUCACAAGAAACCCAUUGGAUCACAGCCAAUAUGAAUAAUCCAAAGAAAGUUUGUCAUGUUCCAGUCCAAUUGAAAUCAAAAUAUUGAGUGCUCUAUAAGCAGACUGUCUACUCAAAAGUAUGUCAUACCAUGUUCGGUAGGACAUUAUUCCUAGUGAAUGUGCUUAGUGCUGAAGCCAAGUCUUGUUUAUUUCAGAGGGAGUUAGGGAUGCUUAAUUUUCUCUGGAUUGUGCCCAUUCUCUUUUAGACUGAGGCUAGCAGUGUAGUUGCACUUCAGUGGAUUUAGAAGGAUGUAAUUCAGUUUAUGAUUGCACUGUUAGUUUGUUUUCCUAUAAACAAAGCACUGUUUAGGGAAUGAGAGAGUAUCAGUAUUGCUUUGGACAAGGCUCUUUUUCUCAGAAUAAGUUUAAAAUAAUAGUGAAAUAACAUCUGUGUCAUUUUAAAAUUCUCUGAAACAUGAUCAAACAAGAUGCAACUCAUUAUUCAAACAUUUCUGUUGGUCACAUAUUGGGAGACUUGAGAGGCCAGUGCUAUUUCUAAACAUAUAUUCAAGAAAAAAAUAAAGCAGAAAUUCCGCUGCUGAAAAUGAAUUUCCCAUGGAGCCAAGCAAACAUCAGGAUGCUAACAUGUUAAAAUGCUCUUGCAUGUAGCUAAAUGCAUCACUAAUAUCUGGUAAAUACUGGACAGAGGCUCAGUAUAUGUAGGACUUCAGCAGUGUACUUAUGUAAGAGAAAUGGCUUAUGUUAACACCAAUAAAGAUUUUCAAAUUA